GACAGGCGCACACGGCAAUCCUACUCCUCUUCUUCCACUGUACAGACCUCGACGAGCCCGGUAGACGUCCCACUGGUCCCUCGCUAGCGCCCUUCGCAGUCAUGGCCAAGAAGACACAGUCUCGGUCGCAGGCCAAGGCCGCCUCCAAGUCUCGCCCUGCUUCAACAUCACAGCCAACAUCGAGCUCGGCCACUCUCGCUCCCAUCACUGCCUUUUCCCCCUUCUCGCCUCACUUUGCCAUUCUCACCCAAGCAAUCGACCGCCAUCGCUUGACCAUCUAUUCCACCUCCUCAAGUGGUACCAGCAGACUCCUCGUAGACUACGUCUUACCGUCUGGUAGCAAUGAUUCCACCCAGAGUGCUCAAUGCUCUGCCCUGUGCUGGGCAAAGCUGCCUUCUACGGCCUCGUCGUCCACAAAUGAGAGUCCUCAAGCCAAGAGGCAGAAGAAGGGAGGCAGAGCUUCCAUCAAUGCUGCCGAGGAGGGCGUCACAACCUCUUCCAAGCCUGUCCUCGCUCUUGGACUGCAGUCCGGUCAGAUUCACCUCUUCGAUCUUAGCCAAGGAAAGGUGGUUCGGGUACUGACAGACACAGCAGCAGGAACGAGCAGUGCGGCCGCAAGCAAUGCCAUCACCUCGAUGAGCUAUGCUAGUGAUGCAUCAGCCUCAAAGCUCUACGCAACGGCAAAGGAUGGCAUCGUGAGAGUCUGGUCCUUGCAAGCAGCUGCAGCAGCCCUGGACUCGUCGGCAUCAGCGUCCACGAGUGGUCUGCAACCCACAGGCAGGGUGACCAUGCAGUCUCAAUCUUCAGCCCCAAAUACCCUCGUCUCUGUCUCGCCCUCGACAGCUCAUCUUCUGGUUGCCAAUCAUACCAUCACCCGCUUAGACGAAGCGACAUCGGCUACGAAGUCAUCUUACACUUCUCACGCAAGCCCAAUGACCCACCUCACCUGGAUCGAUGACGAGCACUUCGUGUCGGCCGCAAAGAAUGAUCCGGUGCUAUACAUCUGGAAGAGCUCCAGGUCCAAGGCUCCCAUUGGAACAAUUGAGCUCGAGCAGGGCGAAGAUGUUAUCAGGGUCGAGUCAAGGGCGGGAGUCGUGGUGGUAGUAGGCUCGGAGGGUUUCGUGGGGGUCUAUGACACAGCGGCUCUGGUGGCUGAGGAUGCCGCAAAAGGGACCAAGCUCGUCAAGGCUACCUCUACAGCUGCUUCAAGUAGUCUGGUGGAUGUGAGACUGGAUGAAGCUGGAGGCAGGCUAGACCUUGCCCGUCUGGUCAAAGGCGUCAAGCUCGACCUCGCCUCUACUCAGAUCAAAGACCCGGCCACUUCCUCGCUUCUUUCAGUUCUGAGCAUACCCAAGACCAGUGCCAACGCUAAUUUUCUAGCAUCUGGAGACGACAGCACAGUGACUACAGGCAACAGCUCCCUGCAACGGUAUAGCGACGCUAUGGCUACGGCUGGUAAGCAGAGCGGGGCCAACUCCUCGUCUGCCCCGGUUGGCCCGGACGGCAUGCUCAUCGAAGGCAACAGCCGUCUAUCAGAGGAUCAGGACGAUGCCCUGAACAGAGAAAGCGGAGGUGUAGACGACGAGCGCAGUCUUGAAGACAGGCUCCGCGGGCUGCGUGUCAUCAGGAAAGCCACCAGGUCAAAGAAGGCUCAAGGGGACGCCUCCUCUUCAGAGUCGGACGAAGACGAAGAUGCUGCUGCAUCGCGAGUGGGCGCCCCUAGCACAUCUCUCUCCCUCGCCACCUCUCUCUCCCAAGCCCUGCACUCCUCGGACUCCUCGCUCAUUUCCUCCCUCCUCACCUCCGCAAACCCAGACCUAAUCAAGGGCACUGUCCUGCGUCUCUCCGGACCCAACGCCGUCCUCCUCCUCGAGGCCUGCGUGACCCGCCUGAACGCCUCAAAGCGCGGCCCACAAAAGGCACGCGGAAUGGUCGAGUGGAUCAAGUGGACUCUGCGUCUGCACGCCGGAUACCUGAUGAGUCUACCCGGUCUGACUAGUCGACUUGCCAGCUUGCACUCGAGUCUAAGUGCACGGCUGAAUGGACACGAUCGCAUGCUCGCCUUGCAGGGCAGGCUGGAGCUUGUGCUGGGACAAAUCGAGUUGCGAGCAGACUACGAUGUCGUCAAGGCCAAGGUGCAGGGCGCUUCGGCUCGAUCUGGUGCUGGUGCUCCCAGGAUUGAGAAGGAGGGCAAGGUCUGGAAGGAGGACGAGGAUGAUUCCGAUGAGGACGAGGAGGAUGUAGAGGAAGUAGGCGAGGGAAUGGACGUCGAUGAAGACGAAGCUGACGAAGAAGAGGAGGAUGUCGACUCCGACUCGGAUUCUGAAGACGAUGAGGACGAUAGCGACGUGCCCAUCGAAGCAGAGGACGAAGAAGGCGACGUGGAGGAUGUCGGUCUCGACUCGCGCGUCAAUGGCUCCUCCGUCUCGAAAGCUGGAAUGGGUCCCGCCUCAUCAGACGACGAUGAGGAGGAGGACAGUGAUAUUGUUCGUCCUCCUUCUCGACUUGCCCGCAAGGUCAAGGCAGCAGAAGGCAAGGGCAAGAAGAGCAAAGCAGCUUCUUCGGACGAGUCUGAAGGGGACGAUGACGAUGAUGAUGAGCUGAUGGAGGGGUCGGAGGACGAGGAAGAGGAAGACGAUGAGGAUGAGGACGACGAGUCGGACCUGCUGGAUGACGAUGAUGACGAGGAAGAUGAAGACGACGAUGAGGAUGACGAGGAUGGAGAGGGCGGACUGAUUGACGAUGAAGCCGAGGAGGCCUCUGAGGAUGAGGAAGAGGAGAGCAGUGAAGAGGAGUAGACUGGUUGACAAACCUGUGCAAAAGCCAACAAUCCGUCUCGUCUAGUCACAUUUUCCAUUCAAUUCACUAUCAAUCGCAUUGC